AUGCUUCGCCUACCGACUGGCGUGCGCCGAAACCCACUGACUCUGCUGAGAGCUGCUGGGAAUCCACGGCUACAACGGUCCCGGUUCCAGAAUGCGUCGUUAUCUAUUCGUCCGGCUUCGACGGUGACGGAUCUGAAGAGCUAUCCGGGCGUCGGAGAAAAGCUUCAUGGAUUUACAGUCAAGGAGACAAAACAUGUUCCGGAGCUACAUCUUUCGGCUAUUCUGUUGAAACAUGACAAGACAGAUGCGGAUUAUCUCCAUGUGGCUAGGGAUGACAAGAACAAUGUUUUUGGUAUUGGAUUCAAGACGAAUCCUCCAGAUGCCACCGGAGUACCUCAUAUACUCGAGCAUACAACAUUAUGUGGGAGUGAGAAAUACCCUGUCAGGGACCCUUUCUUCAAGAUGCUCCCUAGGUCCCUCUCUAAUUUCAUGAACGCCUUCACAUCAGCCGAUCACACCACGUAUCCCUUUGCCACCACAAAUAAACAGGAUUUCCAAAAUUUGCUGUCUGUCUACCUCGAUGCUACACUCCACCCACUAUUGAAAGAGGAAGACUUCCGACAAGAGGGAUGGAGACUCGGAGCCGAAAAUCCGCGAUCGUCGGAGGAACAAGCAACAGAGGCCACUAAGCUCGAUGAUAUCGUCUUCAAGGGCGUUGUCUACAAUGAGAUGAAGGGACAAAUGUCGGAUGCCAACUACCUGUAUUAUAUUCGGUUUAAAGAGAGCAUUUUCCCUGCUAUCAACAACUCUGGCGGUGACCCGCACUCUAUCACGGAUUUGACGCAUCAGCAACUAGUUGAUUUUUCUCGGAAGAAUUAUCAUCCUAGCAACGCAAAGAUUGUCACAUACGGUGAUAUGCCUUUGGCUGAUCACUUGCAGCAAGUUGGAGGUGUUCUGGAUAGCUUUAAUAAAGGAGCAGCAGACAAAGAUGUGAAGGUACCACAAGAUCUUGGACCAGGACCUGUGAAUGUCACUGUUUCUGGCCCUAUCGAUUCGUUUACGAGUGAAGACCGGCAAUGCAAAACGUCUGAUUCGUGGCUGAUGGGCGAAAUCACGGAUAUUGUGGAAACAUUCUCGGCAGGAAUCCUGUCGUCGUUACUGCUCGAUGGCUACGGCUCUCCUAUGUAUCGGGCCCUUAUUGAGAGCGAGCUUGGAUCGUCGUUUACUCCCAAUACCGGCUUCGAUACAUCUUCCAAAGUCCCCGUCUUUUCAGUUGGUGUGAACGGUGUGCGCCAGGAAGACGUGCCUAAAGUGAGCGAAGCAAUUCGUAAUGUCUACGAAGAUGCAGUCGCGAACGGAUUCAGUGACGAAAAAGUCCAAGGUUUCCUCCACCAACUGGAACUAGCGCUGAGACACAAGACGGCCAAUUUCGGCAUCGGAGUCAUGGAAAAGACUAUCUCGUCGUGGUUUAAUGGCAGCGACCCCAUAAAGGAGCUUGCUUGGAACGAUGUCAUCAAUGAGUUUAAGACGAGAUAUUCAAAAGGCGGAUAUCUAGAAUCUCUGGUCCAGAGAUACCUUCUCAACGACAAAUAUAUGAAAUUCACGAUGACAGGCUCACCCACAUAUAACCAAGAGCUCGACGAGCAAGAAGCAGUUCGAAAGGAAACCAAGCUUUCUGGUUUAAUUGCGGAACAUGGCUCUGUCGAAAAGGCCGUUGCUGAACUGGACAAAUCAGAACUGGAUUUGCUGAAAAUCCAAGAAGACGCACAACUCGCAGACGUGAGUUGCUUGCCGUCCGUUCACGUUAGCGAUAUUUCAAGAGAAAAAGAACGCAAGCCUGUACGAGAAGCCAAGGUUGACGGCGUCGAGGUGGUGUGGCGCGAGGCGCCAACGAACGGUCUGACAUAUUUCCAAGCUCUGAAUCCGUUUGAUGGCUUGCCGAAUGAGCUUCGUUUGCUGAUGCCACUGUUUAAUGACUGUGUCAUGCGCCUUGGUACCUCUGGAAGAAGUAUGGAGCAGUGGGAAGACUUGAUCAAGCUCAAGACAGGCGGCGUCACCACCUCGUCGUACUUGGUCUCUUCGCCAACUCAACUAGGAAAAUUUAGCGAAGGACUCCAGUUCAGCGGGUUUGCACUGGACCAAAACCUUCCCGUUAUGCUGGACAUCAUCCGCACUCUGGUCACAGAGACCGACUUUACAAGCGAAGCAGCUCCGCGAAUGGUCAUGGAACUGCUACGUUCUACGACGAACGGCGCCCUGGACGCUGUUGCUGGUACGGGCCAUCGCUUCGCGGUGAACGCAGCGGCUGCUUCUUUGAACGAGAGCUUCUGGGUUCAGGAACAGCAGUCUGGAUUGGCUCAAUUGCAGGCUACCGCCGAUCUUCUUUAUAAAGCAGCCAACUCUCAACAAGGCCUUCAGGAGCUCAUGGACAAACUUCGUCUAAUCCAGAGCUUUGCUAUUUCCCGAACGCCUAACUUGCGUGUUCGCAUGGUUUGCGAGGCCAACAGCGCGUCGGAAAAUGAGGCUGCUUUGCAGAAGUGGUUAUCAGCCCUUCCAAAACAGGUUGCAGCUCCUUCUUCGAGUAAUACGCUCGAGCUUCCUAGCAACCCCGGAAAAGUCCUCUACGACAUGCCAUACAAGGUGUAUUACUCGGGUCUUGCAAUGGAAACAGUGCCUUUUAUUGACCCGUCGAGCGCAUCGUUGAGUGUGCUCUCCCAGUUGCUGACUCACAAGUAUCUCCAUCCAGAGAUUCGUGAGAAGGGCGGUGCUUAUGGUGCCGGAGCCAGUAACGGGCCUAUCAAGGGCGUCUUCACAUUGUCCAGCUACCGAGACCCUAACCCAAACAACACGUUGAACGUCUUCGGCAAAGCCGGCACUUUUGCUCGUGAUCGUUCUUGGACGGAUCGUGAGCUCGAGGAGGCUAAAUUGAGUAUCUUCCAAGGACUUGAUGCGCCCACCAGUGUCGACGAGGAGGGAGCGCGCUACUUCAUGAGCGGUGUCACUCACGAAAUGGACCAGCGCUGGCGAGAACAGGUCCUCGACGUGACGGCCAAGCAAGUGAACGAGGUGGCGCAGAAAUUCCUCGUCGAUGCACCUCGCCAGGCGUUAUGUGUGCUUGGUGAAAAGAAAGAAUUUUCCGAAUCGAGCGAGUGGGCUGUGAGGAAGCUAUCUUUGCAGUCAGAAGACCCUGCUGUUGAAGCUGGUGAAGACAGCCUCGCAAGCACCGCAUAG